AUGGCUGAUCCAUCAUCAUCACCAUCACCAUCGCCUUCGCCAUCUUCACCACCAUUAUCCGAAUGUAAUAGCCCACCUAUCAGGAAUGAAAAUUCAAAUGUUAGCACUAAAAGAAGUCCAAAGAAUUCGCCUAAAAGAAAAUACCUACGUAAAACAUUUAAGUCUCUGUGUAUCAAUACUCUGCAUUGGUCAAAAGGAGAUUGGACAGAAGAAGAAGAUGAGUUGCUGAUAGAGCUCUACAAUAGAAUAGGAUGUGACUGGAUGAAAAUUUCAUCUCUACUCGGUACCAGAUCGAAUAAGCAAUGUAGAAAUCGAUAUGUCUCUGUUCUGGAGCCAAGAAUCAAUGGUGAGCGUGGUAUACCAUGGACCAUCUACGAAGAUCUCAUCAUUAUCUCCAACUAUCCAAAGUACCAUCACUCCUGGAUGGACUACACCCAACAUCUCGCCAAGAGAACCAACGAUGAUAUUAAAAACCGAUGGCUAAAGACAUUGUCAGUCGAUGAAAAGCGUGGAUAUUAUAACCAAUUCCUAGAUCUCUAUGGUAAUAUCAUUCAAUGUAGUGAAAUAUAUGAAGUAUCACCUAAAUGGUAUCUACAUAGAAAAAUCUAA